AUGGUACUUGUUUUGAACUUUCUUCAAGCUGAAUUCCAGUCUAUCUUUCUUGCGAAUGUAAAGUCUUGUCUUCAUACUCACCGCUCAGCACAAGGCUCCAAACAAUUCACUUAUAAAUGCACAUAUAAAGAACAAGAUGGGUACCAAAAAAUUGGGUAUAUCUUUGCACAUCCUGCUUGGGGUGAAAAAACAACAAAGACAGGAAGUGAGGUUAGAGUAAUUACCGAAAAAAAGAAUCUUGAAAUACAACAAAUGCUUAAAACUGAGCUUGUUUUUCUUUGGAAAGAGCAAACGACUAAUGAAGAAUAUAAUGAGGAAGUUUAUACUUGGACAUAUUGGAUAAAGAUAGUUCAUUGA